AUUCUCUCCUCUGCCCUCCCCCGCCCUCCUACAUCGAAAUCUCAUCGCUCCCUCGCCUCUACACGGAUACUUCAAAACAAGCUGACGGCCAGUCGCAGCGCCUCUGAUUGUGCCAUGACGAUCCCGUCUGGCCUUGGUCUCCGCAAGAUCAAGAAAGGCAGCAGUCCAGGCAAGUCAUCCUCGCCUCCUGCCGCGCUCAAACGACGUCUCAAGUCCGGCGAGCACUCUACCUCAUCAUCCGUCGACCGUGGUUCCGGCUCAUCAACACCGCUGGCAAACGUGGGAGAGGCAGCGGUAGCAAGCAGUGGCACCGUCAUCCUCAAUGGGGGUCAGCCAGGUCCACUGACCGAAGCACCUUCGUCAUCGUCUCGAUCGCAAGAGCCAAGUGCUCAGCAGCAUCACCACGCCCACCCCCAUCAUCACCAACGCUCCAUCUCCUCGCGCUCAGAGAUGUCGAUCAAAGAUCGGCUGUCGCUCAUCGCGCGAGAGCGACGUCUCGAGGAGAACCGGCGCAUCUUUGGCUGCAACGCGAUUCCCGUCUUCAUCAAUUGCCCGGCGUCGAGUCUCAGAUACCAUCUCGAGCGCACAAGGGCCGAUCAAGACGAGGCCAGCAUGUCUCAACAUGAAGAUGAGCAGCAGCCCCUUCGUGAGAACAAAGAAGAUUUAUUCGCCUCGGUGAACAAACCCGAACAAGAGGCAUUAGAUGCUGCCAGCAGUAACAGCGGGCUCCAACGAGGCAACGACAACGCAGCUACACCCAGGAUUGUCGAGCACCCGUCUUCAGAGCUGCCAUCACGCACGCAGAGCAGUGUCGAGCAUGCUUUCCUCUCUCCCACAGCUACACUGCAUGAUGAUCCUGCUUUUUCCUCGGGCAAUGGCAAGAGGAGGAAAAAGUCAUCUACGUCCCGCAAGCAUGGCAAGAGGAAAGCUCAAACAUCUCGCAGCGUCGAUGGAGAUGUCCGGGGCUCAACAGCGCCGAACGAUGCUCCCUCCGAGGUCGUCAUCACCAGCAGCAAUGACGAGAAUCGCGGGCCGUCGCGGGCUUCCAAUAGGAUAGACGGCAGGUCGUCGCCCUAUCUCGCGCCGCCACAGCUCGACCGAAGCGGAAGGCAAGCAUCGCCAAGAUCACCCUCGGAGGCUGGUGGCAGAACGACGUCACGCUCCGAAGGAGAGGACCGCAAUGAUACUCUGAGGCGUCGCUUUGGCAGGACGGCGAGCAGAGAUAGUGCUCGCUCAUCCAAUCCUUCAAGAGCUCCCUCGCGCGCGUCGAGCGGAAUGACGACCCUGAGCGACGCAUCGUCUGAGGCCGUCGAGAUGGAAGCAAUGCAGUUCCACCCCUUCGGGUGGAGAGAAGCAGAACCGUCUCCAUCAAUGACAUUAGCAGCAGCAACAGCGAGUAAUCCAGCCGUGAUCGAAGCCAUUCAGCAAUCAUCGCCAAGCCCUUCGCAGCCCUUGAUUGCCCCGAUGCCGCUGCCGGCACCCUCUGACCCUUCUCAAGUCCAGCCUCAGCCUCUUUCCAACGACGUUAAUCGUGUUGAUGCCGUCACACACAGGGCCAUGUCGCUGCAUGCUGGGCCUCCAGCGCAGUUUGCUCCACGUCCCACCAUCUCACUGCUGCCAAAUGGCGAGGUUCCCGGUAUCCCUUCGCCACCUCGUGCUCCUCGCAUGCACAUCUAUGCCAACGGCCAUGGAGGUGGAUAUGGUCAAGCUCAAAUCCACCAUCGACGAACUAAUCAUUGGCACGCACCCCGACCAGAUCCUCGUCAGUGGCAUCGCCAACCCUCCCCACUCGGUUCGCGCUCUUCCGACUUGGAUUCCACAUCUACCGACGCCCGCAAUCGCUCAGACGAUGCUGCUCUGGACAAAGACAAGGACAGGGUCAGCGCAGUACCUGGAGCUUCUCUCUCGCAAGCUGCCACAACCGGCAACAAAGCGAGCUCGAGCAAGAAAUGCAGGCAGGAGCGAACCAAGGCCGCGAUCAAGGUGCGGGAGGCGAAGGCUCGACAAGAAGAGCAGAGCAGGCGGAUUGCAGAGGCUGUGGCCGCAGCUGAGCGUGGCGACAAGAUAGGGCCUACUUCUACGUCAACACAGCCGCCACCGUCGCCAUUUUCCCCCCUCGCACCACAACACAGCAGCUCCGACCGCUCUGCAGGCAUUAGCUCGGUUGGCAGAUCGUUCAGCGCCGCAGAUUCCCCAGUCUUUGCGCCUGGGCAGGCUACGGAAGACUCCGGCGGCUCUCACCAUUCUAUCGAUUCCUCCCUCGUCACAGCUGGCUCGACGUCACCUUUGUCUCGUCAGGCAAGCGACUGCAAGAGGUGGUCACGAAGGCUAUCGAGAACAGACACGGAGGCCUCUUUCCACACGGCAAUGCACAGUCAGUCUUCGUCAAGUCUGCCAAUCGCCCCUUCUCCUGGUCAGGAAGGCGUGCGAGACCACUUCACGAGCUCACAAGACGAAGCGAGCGAUGGAAUGACCAUGCUCGACCACGCUGUUGAUCAGUCAAGCCGCUCAUGGGGCCCGACGUCGACUUCAGAUGCUGGCGUGACCACCGAUCCCGAUGCCACCAUCUGCAGCCCACCCCCUCGCGUCAUUGGCUCGACAGCAUCAUUCGAUGACGCUGGUUCUAUGGCUAAAGAGGAGCUGCCGAUGCAUGAUAGCGAGGCAACCUUGCUGCUACCGAACGUACGACUGCCCCGCAAUCAAUCACCUUACCUCUCAACAGUGCGCAACGAGGGGCGCAAGGACAAGUCACCUCGCCCUUCGUCACGGUCCCCUCAGCGUCCGCACUCUUCUGCCUCGCACAACUCACGAUCGAGCAAGGCGAAGAAGGAGUCGAAGCGCGGAGCAGCUCCAUUAUCAGCACUGCCAGCUGACGCCAGCAACGCAGUAUCGGGCCAGCAUCAAGAUGGCGGAACUGUGCAGCUUUCUCAUUCACGAGGCGCCGCUCAUACCGCUCCGUGGCUCCUGCGACGAGAGUCACAACUGCGUGACGAUUCUGUCGCGGCACUUCGGGCAAUGGAGAGUACGAAGCAUGGGCAAUACCGAUAUCGUGAUAUCAAGGAUGAAGCAGCAAGGCUGGAAAGGACACGGGAAUGGAGCAGUCAGCUCAAGACCAUGACCGCGCCUGCCCCAGCUCAGGCUCGCGUCGCUCAGGCCCAAACGUCGUCAGGUCAAGCAGCCUAUCUUGCGCCCUUGCCGCUCGUUGCACUUUCCCCAUCAGAUGCUACAUAUGGAUCGUCCCCAAUGGCUCUCCCAUCUCCGCAUUUGCCGCAGGCUCCUCCCCCGGGCCUCGCUGCACCGGCGCGCAAGAAUGUCCAACACGCCGCGCCCAUGCCCGCAAGCCCCUCCCAUCCAGAUCCACUCGCUCAUCGAUUUGUUGCCUCGCAUUGGACGCAAGCCGGGAGCAGUGACCAAGGCUGUACAGCUGACGCCGAAUCUGCCUGGCUCGUCGCACAGCCGGAUCGUUGGCUGGACACGAAGAUUGCGCACCCUCACCUCAUCUUUGUCGCCCAAGUCUCCCAGAUGCCAGCCUUUGAGGAGACGCAUCAGCGCCGCUCAAGAGCGAGAGAGUACCGUCUAGCCAAGUUGGCUUGGUGCGAUCUUGAAGGCUUCGUGGAGACGAGGCGAUGGGUGCAGUUGCGUGACGGUAGUUACAAGGUGCACCGUAGCUGGCGCACCCACUCAGUUCUUGCUCCUGGCCAUCGGCUCAACAGCAUCCGCUACCCUUGCGAGGAUCUUGAACGUACAGCACAUCGCUGCAAGGAGAUCUACGAGAUUUGGAGGCGCGAGGUGCAGGGCGCUGCUCGCGAUCAUGAGGACAGCAUGGCCAGACGCCGAGGCCGAGGAGACAGGGACACGCCAACCAGUCGCCGCCCACGACGAGUCACCUCCGCCGAGCGCAGUCCCGAUACGUCGAGGACGGAGGACACAUCGUCAGGUAGCGUAGAGAUUACUACCGUCCUCGGAACGGGCAGCAUGAGCAACGUCGGGCACGGUCCUGCCUUCACCAACACAGAAACCGUCCAGCCUCAUCAAGAAACGUCAGCACCCACCGUCGAACCGCACGUAAAGCGAUUUGCCUGGCUCGAUCGGCUUGAGGCUAUGCAACGCGAAGAAAAAGAUGGGAUCAAGCACUUCAUCAACUACUCGUCCGCAGCGUGGGAACAGAAUGCCGGCGGCUGGCUGCCGAAUUCUGGAGAGGAAGACGAGGCCAGCACGACAUUAGCUCCGUCGCACAUGGAAGCUUCGUCUAGCCCGGAAGCAUCAGCUAGAGUUGCGACGGCGCCGUCAUUCUUCCCGAUGCAGCCAUGCACCGCCUUCAUUGACCUAUGCUAUCGACCGCUGGUUCCCUUUGCUCCUCUCAGCGACGCUGUGGCCAGCAGGAUGUCUCUGAGCGGUGAAUCGACUGAAGGCUCUGCAGAGGGCAGCGGUACUGGAACGCCCAUGACCGGUAGCCCAGAGAUCAGGUACCAGCAGCCGCUCUCCAUCCCUAGAUCACCACCACGAGCUCCGGCGAAGGACCGUCUCUCGGCAUCAGCUGCCAUCUUUAGUCAGAGCAAGACAAGUAGCAGCGGCAGCGGUCGUCGAAGCAACGGCACGACGAGUCAUCAUCAUCAGCAGCAGCAGCAGCAACGCCAGCAGCUUCAAGACCUCGACCCUGCGAGCUUGCCAGCAGGACCCGUUCUAUUGCCUGUGCGUGACCGGCUGCUCGGUGGCAGCCGCAGUGCCGUCAGUACGCCAGGGCCGCAUACUUCCAACUCACGAUCGUACGGCAGCCACCAUUAUCGUCGCUCUCAUGCUGCGGCGCCGCCCCAGCAAGUUCAAGGGCGACGAAGUGCGCCAUUCCCACAGCCAGCGAAGGAUGAAGAGGAGCACAUCGAGUUUCUCGUCGACGCUGUUCGCUCCUACAUCGCUUUGGGCCUACAGCCAGGAGAGGAGCCUCACAAUUCUGGCGUACCGGAGGAUACGGCCUCGUCGUGGGACGCACCUGCCCCGCGCAGGCCUGUCACUGCUUCUGCCCGUUCUCCUGGACGCCUGCCGCCAGGAGCGGCUUAUCAUCCGGACAUUCCAAAGCUGGCAGAGGGGGUGCAGCAGAAGUUGGCGCGGGAUAAGCACCAACAUCAGAAUCGGCAAUUGGAGCAGGCGCGUGGACGUCAAGCAGAACCACUGCCACUUGAGCGUCAGCCAUCCGCUGAGUCCCCUCGUACACGUACCCCUUCCUUUCGUCAGCAACAAUUGGAGCUCGAGAGCAUGUAUGCUCUUCAGCAGCGGCGCCGUCAGAGCCACCAUUACCGUCACAGUCAAUCGGAUGAUACCGACGCUGCUUCGAAUCACGAUCACGUCUCUAGGCGCGGUAGUGCCGAUGGGAUACACCCUCCUCCAUGGCUCGAGCCCACGCCGCCGAGACAUCAAGAUGGCUACGUGAGGCAAGAGCAGCAGAAGGUGUACACGAGCGUAGGCGUUGGUAGUCAUCAGCACACCAGCUUCUGGUCACGGCGAGGGGCACACUCCGGCCAACGAGGAGCGAGAGCUAUGCCGUCUGACAUGUCUGUCUCAUUCUCAACUCCGAGGCCAACGGCGAUGUCUCCUGCAACUCGAUACGGGCCUCCCACACUUGAUGGCGACCCUUUUGACGACCCGGCCAUCCUUGCUGCAACGUUCAGGAGUGUAGAUGCUCGCUCGAUGCCCGGAGGGCCAGCAGGAGGCCCCAGCGCUAGUCCGAAACCGGUCCUUCUUGGUCCCCAACCUUGGGUCAGGCGACAUUCUGAUGCUUCGCCGCUACCUGCACACGACGCUGCUGUGGCUAUGACGCCGCAGCCAAUGCUGAUGCCCCACUUACCAGUCCUGGCCGGAACAACAGCCCGUUCUGAGCUGCACGUCCCCUCUGACUACGGCCAGCACAACGCAUCAACAUCGAGCAGCCGGGCUACGACGCCAUCGGCGUCCACGAGCACGCCCUCACCAAUAGCAGCCGUCUCAGAGCCGAUGCCGAGAACUGGACAGGCGCAGCUUCCCACACGCACCGCUGCUGGAGAUGGCAUGCUGAUGGUGGCCAUGACAUCUGUUCCGGUGUCGGCGAGAGCGAGGCUGUCAAUGCAGCAGCAGCAGCAGCAGCCCAUGACCAUGCCAUCGGUGUCGCCGCCGAUGCAGCAUGCUGGCGGACCGUACCAAGCUGUGCUUCCGCCUUCGCAGCUGCGACAGCAGCAUCACCAACAGCAGUACCAACAGCAUCAGCUGCAGCGAAGAGAGCGUCCGCGAUACGUCAUCCAGGCUGGCGGGCAGCAACAUCACCAAGACUGGUCAACAAGCUCAGUGCCUACCACACCGCACGUCGAGGCCGAUGCCACCCCAUUCCUGCCAUGGGUCCCGAGACGAGGAUCGCAUGAGGCUGCCCUCGGGCAGCAUCAUUAUGUCGAACAGCAACAGCUACAAGCGCAAGGACAAGUGCGCGAGUCGAGCACCUCGGGUCUCCACAACGUCCCCACUGGCACGGUUCCCGCACCAGCAACAUCGCUUGAGCCAGGCAUCAUGAGACAGCGGGCCAGCAUGUCCACCUUCGCUCCCCCGACGCAGACAAUGAUGGGCAUCGUAACGGGCACGGCAUUGCCGCGGACGCCACAGUCCGAUUCCCUCGUUCACCUUCAGCGUCACGAAGGCGGCUCAGCGAUGGCAGCAGCGACAGCGGCACCAUCACCGCAGCCAGCAGCAGCUGUUCAGGGCGGAAGACCGCAACCUCCACCGCCCCCACCACCCGGCAUCGCUGCCUCUUCUCCGCACCUAGGAAUGGCGCCACCACCUGCGCGCUUCGUGCAAGCGCCGAGCUCAUCGAAGUCCGUAGGCACUGCUUCCGCAAGCUCAAUGGGUAUGCCGCCGUCCUCGCCGCCAGUCAUGGCUCCCACCCUGGCGCCUUCAGCCUGGUAGCAGAGUCACUAUGUCCUCCGCAAGGCAUAAUCGCCAUCCUCUCUUUGCUUUCGGGUACGCAUGAGCCAUUGGUAAGCUAGCAGCUGUUCGUGUCUCGCCUCUCCAAGCUGGCAGCGUGGUCUCAAACCCUGCUCACUCCUCCCGUCUAGCGGCUUCGUCAAUCGCUCGCUCGCUCGGCUCGUCUACUUUUUUUGCUUUCCAUCCUCACCUCCCCGCCUUUGGGUCUGUCAGCUGGCCUCGUCCCCUUACCAUCGCCUCAUAGCCUUGUCGCGUCUCGUCGUCUCCUGUCCUUCCCGGUUCGUCAAGCUCUCUCCUGUCUCUCUAAAAGAAGAAAAGCACACAGAA